AUGUCCACUCCGACGGUACCUGUGCAGGCUGCAGCUGCACCUCUAAGUAGUGAAGAGCCAGGGCCUUCCUGUGGAGCAACAGAAUCAGAGCUGUGGACAGCACCAAAGACCCGGUUUCUAAUAGGAAACUACAAUGAACUCAAACAGCUAGUUGGAAAAAAGGGUGGAUUCCGGAUCCGAGCGACAUUUGCAACAGAUGUGAGCCCUCUCCAGGUGGAAAACAAAUGGAAAAGUCUGGAGAAGGCUUACAAGAAGGCAAAGACGAAGAAUGGUUCGUCAGGUCACUCUCGAGUGUCCUGCGACCAUUAA